GCAGUGUACAGUCUGCGGCCGCGCGUUCGAGUCGUGUAGGCCUCGCGCCUGUGUGAAGAACUCUCGGGCUUCGAGAUGACGCGCGGACAGACGGAGGCUGGAGUCUAGGUGUUGGAGGGGGGACUAGGAGGGGGAGGGGGAGAGAGGGGCGGCGUUAUAUAGUGGCAGCGCGCGUGGGCGGCCGCAGCCAGCAUGAGGACCCCGGCGGAGACAGCGUCAGCAGCGGCAGCCCUUCUGGUGGCGGCGUGCGCGGUCGCAGCAGCGGCGGCACCCAACGAGCUCCCAAGCACUUUCAAAUUGUGCCACCGAAGCCAGCCAGAUAUUGCUCAGUGCAUUACAGAUGCAUUCCAAUCAGCUAUACCAGAACUUAAGAAAGGGCUUCCAGCAUUUGGAGUCUACUCAAUAGAUCCACUGAAGGUAACACAAAUGUUGAUUGAUCAGGGAGAUGGACCAGUUAAUAUCAAAUUGGAUUUCACUGAUCAGACAUUCACAGGAUUUGGAGACAUCACUGUGAAAGAUAUAAAGGUUAAUCUGGACCCAGACAACUUCCAUAUUGAUGCUAAGGUAUCAAUUCCCAAUUUGGACCUAAAAGGAAAAUAUCAAAUUGAUGGGAAAGUCCUUGUGCUACCAAUACAAGGGAAAGGAAACAGUGACCUCACAUUAAAGGAUGUAAUCUGCGAUGUAGCCAUGACAGGAGAACCGGUGGAAAAGUCUGGUGAAAAGUACGUCAACAUCAAAGACUUCAAGAUUAAUUUUGAAACCAGCCGCCUUUAUCUUACUUUUGAAAAUCUUUUCAAUGGUGAUAAAGCGUUAGGGGACAACAUGAACAAUUUCAUCAAUGAGAACUGGGAUGUAAUCUUAAAAGAACUGAAACCAGGCAUAUCUGAUGUUCUUGGAGCCAUUUUCCAGGAUAUAUCAAAUAGAAUAUUUUCAAAGGUUCCCUAUGACAAAAUCUUCCUGCCUUAAAAAUUCUUCUGCUGUUAUUCAUUCUACAAAUCUAGACAAACUGGUGCUGCACCUUUGCUGAUAUAAAAAGACAGAGUUCCGCUAUUGUGAAAUUUAUUCUAUAAAGAGGCAUCUGAUCAUUGUGCAUGAUUUGAAUAUUACUAGUCAAAUAGAGCAUCAUUUUGUAACCUUACUAUGUAUGCAUCAUGUAACACAAAAGAACAAUGUAUUACAAAUACUUACUACAGUGUAAUGACCUAUGUAAUCCAAGUAAGAGAUGUGAGUUAAUGAAUGAAUGAAAAGCAACAAAUAAAUAAAUAAGCUGUAUAAUACAA